AUGAUGGAAACCAAUUCUAUUAUUCAAAUAAUACCCUAUGCGGUUAAUCCGAUAAGUGGAAUAGAAGAGAGAGAUGGACAGAAUGUUGAUCUAGGUGACGAUGAAUACAAAUAGGAAGCCUGCAACCCAAAAAUUAUGAUCACGACAUCUCACAACCCUUCUGCAAUUAAAAUGUUUGUAAAGGAAUUACGACAUUUUCCAAAUGCACAGCGAAUGAAUAGAGCAAAAAUAUUUAAGGCAAUUAUAAAAUUAUGCUGUUCUAACGACGUGACAGAUAUUAUAAUUGUCGAACAUCGGGGAAUACCUGAUAAUAUUGUCAUAAGCCACUUACCAAACGGCCCUACCGCUUUUAAUAUUUCUAGUGUUGUUAUGAGACAUGACGUACUUAUUGGAAAAUGAGAACAAAGUCCUCAUUUAAUCUUUCACAUAAAACUAAAUGGAGAGCGAGCAGUAAAUAUAUUAAAACAUCUUUUUCCACGCCGAAAGGGAUUCUAAGUAAAUACUUUUGCUAAUCAUGAUGACUUUAUAUCACUGCGUCAUCAUUUAUAUAAUUACAAAAAUAAAGAGUUGGAAUUAAUAAGAUUGCCUAGAUUUCCUAAAUUGUAUCAAAUAAAAUUGGGAAUAUUGGAGAAUUUCAAGCUUCGGAUACUGAAUGGUUUUGAGACUUACCUGAACACAUCAAUUAAAAAUAGAGUUUAUUCAUUAGAAAACGUUGGGAUCAGGAAGGGCCUUAAAAUUUUGGAUUAA